AUGGCGGAGGCGUCUUCAUUGACAUCUUCUUCAACUCCUGCCAUGACUGCAAACCGCGGCGACGCCCCGCCGGGCAAGCUCCUCAAAUACACGAGCUACCUCUACCGCAAUCCGUCUCUCACUGAGGCGGAGUUCCACGAGCACUGGCGCUCCCGCCACGCCCGCCUGCCCAUCGCGGCGAUGAAGAAGCACGGCAUCGUCAAGUACUCGCAGUACCAUUGCACCAGGGCCACGCGGGAGCUCGCGCGGCCGUCGUCCGAGGGGCGGAAAGCGGCGAACCGGCACGUCCAGUACGACAUGUUUGAAUAUGAUGCGGUGGUGCAGAUCUGGGUCGAGGAUAUUGAUGCCAUUGCCAAGAUGGGUGGGGAAGAUGUCUUUGUGGACAAGAUCUUUGCGGACGAGGAGUACCUGUUUGAUCGGAAGCGGUGUCAUGUGUUGGUGGGCUGGGAGGAGGACAUCCUCGUGGAUGGCAAGGUGCUCAUCCCGGGAUAUGAUGAACAGACUGAGGGCAGGCAGUGA